UGAUCACUAUCAAGAUACGGUUUCAUCAAACUUCAUAAAAAAUUGCGUAGAGGAGAGGCAGUGCACUUUUUCAAGCCAUGAAUGUGUUUUAUAAAAACAAAUCAGAAGUUCAUAGGCAAGAGCGAAUUGGUUCAAUCAACUGAAAUUAUAGGAAAGCACAUUGCCAUGGAAAAGUAAAAAAAGCAAAAAAUCAAAAGCACGGAUGGGGAUUUAGGUUGAAAGAUAUAAAGGAGUUGCAUUUAGUAAACCUAUGAAUUGAGAAUAGGAGUAGGUUUAUUGUGCAGGGGGGAAAAAAUAGAGGAAAAAAAAAAAGAAUUGUAAUACAAAGAUCCUAAGCAUAGCUUAACAAAGCAAAGCAUAAUUCCAACAAACAAAUUGGACUAAUUGGUCUAGAUUGCAUAAUAUAGAAUUAACCUUCAAGAUGGGUUGAGAUUUAUAAAAUAGCUAGGUUUGAACCUUCUAUGGGGAAAAAAAAAACAUAUCAAAAGAAAUAAAGUAUGCAAUUAUUAAGUUGUUUUAGAUAUGGAGCUCACCCACAAACUUUUAUUUGGUGAAGCUCAAUUGCUCGUUUGAGAACAUGCUAUUUUAAUAACUUUUUUGCUAAAAUAUAAGGUAAAAAAAAUUAGUAUGUUUGGAAUGACUUACUAGUUUUUUACGAAAAGAUGUGCAAAAAGUAGAGAGAAAAUGGAGUCUCUGACUUUUUAGUAUAAAUUAUAGAUUUUUUUACUUUUUUAAUAACUUUUUGACUAAAACAGACACAUGCCAAACAACUAGUCUAUUAAUAAACUGUGUUAUGGUGGCUUUAAUAGGACUCCACUAGUUGAUCAUGAAUGCAAGCAUUAUGGGCACUAAUAUGAGGGUAAGCCUACCCCAGUUGCAGCCUACCCAAGUCAACAUUACAAAAAUAGUGUGCCAAAUUUGUGUGUUUGGUGAAGAAUCACGAUUAAUUUGAUGUUUGCAAGUAUUGGUUGCCCAUUUUCUUAAAGGAAAUAUUUUUUGUUUUGAUAAAUAUUUUCUUAAAGGAAAUAUAAUUAUGGUUAAUCUUUUAUUAGCUCAAAUGGAAUGUAAUGGUCAUGAUAUGAUAGCUUUCCCACACAAGAAUGGAGUAAAUUAUACUAAUGAUCCUAAAAUAUAGCACAUACUUCAUUUUAGUCCCUAAUCUUUAAUUUAUAUCAAUUACAUUGCUGAACUUCACACAAUAAUUCAAUGUGGUCUCUACCUUACCUAGGAUCUAAAAAGCAUAUGAAAAUGUUUGUCAGCCUCACAUUAGGUAUUUGAAGGGCGUUGGGAGAAAACUGUCUCAUUUCUAGCCUAAAUGAACUGUGAGACACGUGAAAUACAUAUCCAAACCUUUCACUGCAGAACUGAAAGCCAAACACAUAGGUGUUUGGUUCUUUGAUUGAUAGUAUUUACAUAAAUAGACAUGUUAAAAUGUCCUUAAUGCCUUUCAGUACCUGAUGUCCUUAAUUUACCCCACAAGAAUUUAAUGGAAAGGAAGAGUGGAAUUUGCAGAGCCAACUAUCAAAGUUCAUAGGCGUUGUGUGACCCACCUUAAUGUUCAAACUUGACAAUGGUAUUGCCUGCCAGUUUUAAUGCAAAAGAGAAGACUGACAUAAAGGUCUAGAGUUGACAAUUGAGAGAGAGAGAGAGAGAGAGAGAGAGAGAGAGAGAUGGUGAGGGAAUGGAAAGAGGUGAUUACUGGGGAUGGUGGUGGUGGUGGCGGAGCUUGUCUAGUGUUCUGGGUAGUUUUGGUUACCUUUAGCCUCAUUUCGGUCCUAAUAUUCUCGUGUGCUGAUGGUGCAUCCAGAGACAAAACUUCUGCAGCAGACUCGAGUGUUUACGGAGGUGGAUGUGAAGCAGGCUGUGGUGCAGGCUGUGGUGGCUGACUUUAUGCUCACCAAUGCUUUUAACACAAAGCUAAAAAGUAGAGGCCAAUGAUGAUCCUAUCCCACUAUUGCUAAAACAGAGAGGAAGGUCUUUCUAAUACAGUAACUCCUUACUUCUCCCAGAAUAUUUGUAGUGAUUAUAUAUAUUUCAGAAACAUUUUUGCUAAUUCUGGGUUGUAGAAAUGAGAUCAAAAGGUCUUUUUGUUGUUGAUCAAAAAAGAAAUAAGUUCAAAAGGAAAAUUAACAGGUUUUUACGAGAUGAGAUUAUGUCGAUGUAAGCAUUCUGCAAUCACUGACAUGGUUCUUGUUUUAUCGUAUUAUUGUUUCAACUAUAUUACCAAAUGAAUUUUAUUUUUUUCCAGAAAAUGGCUAAAUACUCACACAUCAAUCCAAGGCAACAUAUGCUAAAAUUCAUAAUUCAGUACACAGAAAAAUCUUGAUUGGAGUACCAAACAGAUUGUAUAAUCAAAACUGACUAGUUAAUGAUUUUGAACUCAAAAUUUGCCUCAAUAAUCAACCUGCAGAUAACAAUACUAUUUGCAUAAUUCUCCAAGUAAUACAUAUGUCCUUAGGAUACCGAUCAAGUAUGUCUAUUUCUUUUUAAAACCUAUCAUUGACCAGAAGCAGAACUAAACAAUUUCUAAGCAUCAUGACAACAAACGAAAUAACUGAUAAACAAAUAUAUAUAGUUAGACACAAAAUGAUACUAACAAAUUGUUACAGCUAAUUUGUCACUUACACAAUUUGGAUUUACCUGCACGGCCUCGUUUGGAAACAGGUUUUUUUAGUAACUUUUUGACUUUUUGGCUAAAAUAUGAUGUAAAAAAAACUAGUACAUUUAGGAUAACUUCUUGGUUUUUUACCAAAAAAAUGUGCAAAAAGUAGAGAAAAUUUUUUUUUUUUACUUUUUGGUAUAGGUUGUUGAUUUUUUGGUUUUUUUAGUGACUUUUUAACUUUUAAGCUAAAAAGUGAUGUUGCCAAAUGAGGCCUGACAAAUCUGUCAAAGAAUUACCCAUUUAAAACCAAUAUCCAAUUACAAAUUUUCACCUGUUUGUAGCUGCUGAAGAAUUGUGGCAAUCCACAGAACUAUAGAUAAUUCAGUAAUACAUAUUUUGAUUCAACAAUGUUUUCUUUUUCCCCCAUAAAUGCGUUACUCCAUUUUUUUUUCCUUUUCAGGAUUAGUCCUCCACUUUAAUUUUUUCUGCACUAUUUUGGGAUUUUAGGACUUUUCCUAACCCAUGGGGUAUGCUUUUGGAUGUAUUGGAUUUAGGCAAAUUCUUAAUGCACUAUUAUUGGAAAACAUUUUGGGAUUAAUUGUGCAAAAUCAAAAAUAUUUCCAGCAGAUGUAAUUAAAUCAUCAGCACACAAAAAUAUCAUCCAUUAAGACAGUAAUAUAUGUGCCAAGAUAGCUACAGGUAUGAAACACUUUCAGGCCAGAAGCUUAACACAAAUUGUUAAUAAUAUUAUUAUAAACAUGAUGCAAUUCCUAGUAACACAAACAAUGAAUAUAUAUAUACCCCAAUCAAGAAGCCAAAGGGUAUAACCAGCUAUUUUGGAGGAACUUGAACAAAAUAAAUAGGAUACUUAUUUUUGAAUUUCAGCUAAAGCUAUUAUGAGGAUUAGCCCU